UCAAAGAUGGACUUUAUGAGUUUGAUUUGCGUCUCCCUCUACGUUGCCAUGGUUACGGCUGCGGGAUCCGCCCAGUUCCCACAUGCAGAACCAUCUGUGGCCGCUGUGUGGUGCUUGACGGUCGUCAUGAUGGCCUCCAGUGUAGUUCUGAUAACGGUGCCUGUAGUCCGUUACUUCAAACGUGCGCAAAGGGAACUGGAGGAUAGACUUAUGGCCCAGUUGAAAGAAACUACGGAGGUACCCGCGGGAAGAAAGGGAAGGAAAACACGCAAGCGUCUUUAUACGGAGAUGGAAGAUCUGAAGGAGAUUAGCCAACAAGUUGAAGAGGAAAUGACAAGAGUAAAGGAGGAACAAGAGAAGAUGCGACAGUUCUACGCUGAGAGAGAAAUAGCAUUGAAACAAUGGAUGGAAGAUGAGUUGAAACAUUCGAUGUCUGCCGCUGCGACAAAAGCCCUACGCGACAAACAUCCGGACUUUGAGAAGUGGAUACAAAACAGUCUGAACGUCAUGUGCUCCGGAAUCAAGAAAGAAGUCCACGAAGGGAGACAGACCAAGAUUGACUGCGAGAAGACUGAACUUCAAAAAAUGUCGGAGCAAUUUUCAGACCUCAAAACACACGUCGCAUCCUUGCGUGAGAUUUGUGGGCACUACAACUUGUUAGUGAAACAAAUUAUACAGAAGCUGUGUCGGUACAGCCGUCAGAUGCGUUCUCUGGAGAACAUCCUGCAUCACACCGGAAUUUCUUUUCCGGACAUUAGUGACGACGCUGGUUUCUGGUUCAAAGGCCGCACCCGUCGCCGUAUACACGAGAGGUGGUUGAUUGAGGAAGCAGUGGGGACUCCUAGCGGACAAGGGCAGAAGGACAGAAACGCCAUAGCCCGGGUGAUGGAAAUGGUGACUACCAUGAAGAAACGUAAUUCUGACAUCAGGGAACUGAUCACUGAUCUCCAACUAGAGCGGGCGCGUCUGAACAGCAUCAGAACUGUAGCCCAUGCCUCUGUUGUUUGCACUCCUACCGACAACUCUGCUGGUAACGAUAAAGUGCAUUUGUAA